AUGAACAACUGGCAACUGACGUUUCAAGCACCCGUAAAUCUGGCGGAGCACCUUCAAAAACCAUACCUACUGUACGACGAACAUGAAAAGAAUGUUACUAGGGUGAUCUUUGAUGAUCAUGCAAACUUACUCUGGGCCGGAGAUACGUAUGGGCGAGUCUCGUCGUAUGACCCAUCGUAUUCUCUCUAUACCAGGCACGCAGGUCACAUAGGAGCCACGCCGGUUGUGGAUCUACUGAGUCAUCCUGGCGGAAUUCUCUCCCUUAGAGCAGACUCUUUGAAUUUCGCAAGCAGACAGAGCGUUACGCGGUUGAAUCUAACCAGUGCGAACAUCGCACAACUGUGCGACAUGAAGGCGAUGUGCAUUGGAUCAAGUUUAGCUAACCAAGUCUAUUGUGCUGGGGGUAACAUUGGCAGUGGCAUCAUAAAUAUUGAUCUACAAAAGGGGGCCAUGACCAGCAAUAUUGACUACGCUUCCAAAGUGAAGCUGCUGCGGUCCGACAACAAGACUUUACUCAUCGGUAAACAAUCUGGCUCCAUUGACUUACUGGACCAAAAUUCUAAUCAAUUAAUAAGGUCGUUUGCAGGUCACUCUGCAGCUAUUUCGGACAUGGAUCUUCGAGACAACACGCUGGUGACAGCGGGCAAGUCCAGACGAUUCAAUCAGCUUUGUUCUGACCCUUUUGUCAAUAUAUAUGAUUUGCGGAUGAUGCGGCAAUUGACACCCGUCGCUUUUUCCCAUAACCAGUCGUUGGGAAGUUCAGGAAGCCAGGGGGCCGAUUUCGUCAAGCUACACCCUGUGCUACCAACAGUAUUAACGGUAGCCUCUACGUCUGGGGCUUUUGAUUUCAUAGAUCUUGCCAAUCCGGCGUUGAGAUCUCAGUAUUGUCAUCCAUGUCACUCAAUCACUCAAUUUCAACUUUCUUCGAGUGGGGAUUAUAUAGCCCUCUUGGAGCAUGAUAAUACGAUCAAUACGUGGAGCCGAUCGAGUGGUAUGUCUGGGUUCUCAAGCUCUCCUGCGGUUUUAGAAUACCCCGAUAUUCCGGACGACGGGUCCACUGGAGAUCUUAUAUCGCCCCAUAAUGAAAAUUAUCCUCUCAGCUCGAUAGGUAUGCCCUACUAUUCCGAAAAGUUGCUUUCCGCGUGGGCCCAUGUAAUAUUUCGAAGUAGUGGCACACUUCCUCGCCGCUUCAAUGAACCCUUGACAACCACCCGGCAAGCAUCAUCCCGAAUAUUUCAAUCAUCAAGCUCUGCCUUGCCACAUCCUUUAAUCCCAUACAAUGCAGCUAAAUUCGGAAGACGAAAUGUCGCUCGUCCUUAUAAGUCCUUACGAGAAAGGAAGAAAAAACUUUUGAUCACUGAUGAGGAUGGUACAGAUAAGAAAGAGCUUAUGAGAUCCAGAGCCGUGAAUGACUUCGAGGUUCCGCCAGCCUAUUCAAAGCUGCAAAUGGUUUAUGGCAAGUACGGCGUUGAAGACUUUGAUUUUAAGGCUUUCAACAGAACAACUUUUUCCGGCCUGGAAUCUGACAUUGAGACAUCCUAUAUGAAUGCCAUUUUACAGAUGUACAGAUUCGUGCCAGAAUUCUACAAUUUUGUGGUGAGUUGCCUGAAGGAUGACUUAUGGUCAGAAAACUCCUUGUUAUCGGAGCUGGCUUAUUUGUUUGAUAUGAUGGAUAAAGCCAACGGGAUAGUUUGUCGAGCAUCUAACUUUCAAAGUACUUUAUCUUCUUCCCCUGAGGUUCAAGCUAUGGGCCUUUUAAAAAAUUCUUUAAUGGCCGAUCUUCGAGAAUCGUUUGCUGGAUUGGAAUUUGAGGAUCAAAAAAACUUAAAGGGUCAAAAGGAUAGCUUCGCCAGCUCGGAAACCAACAUUCCCCAGCGAUUUAAUUAUUUUUUGAUCAGUAAAUUGAUCUCAGAAGAAGUCCAAAUGAAAAUAAAUACAACAAACGUUAUUGCACUGGAGGAGCUGCUUGGAAUCCAAUUAGGGAUUGACAUACACACCAUUUCAACAUGUGGGAACUACGAGAGAAGAACCUCUGUAAUUCCGACGCUUACAAUAACAAGUCCUGUUACUAACAAUGCAAAGUACUCUAAUAAGAAAUUGACAAAUCAAACUGUUUUGCCUUAUAUCGAAUCGUCAAUGAACAGGUUGAAGCAUCGGAGGUCAAUGUGCAACAAAUGCAAUAAGCUUGAAAAUAUUGAAGUUGAAAAUACUGUGAGAAACUUGCCUCCUUUGCUUUCUCUCAACGUAAGCCUUUCGAAUGAUGAAUGGGCAGUCGCCAAAUCGGUUAAAAAUUGGUUGGUAAAAGAUUUCUUUGCCACUUUAUCUAAAGAGAGACCCAUACUGAAAAUACAACCGACUGACCUCAAGACUACAAAUGCAAUCUUCAAAUAUGAAUUGAAUUCGUAUGUCGCUAGAAUUGCCGACGAUCUCUCCGAACCUCAUUUGGUGACAUACGUAAAGGUUUGUGAUAUGAAGAGCAAGGGUGGUAAGUGGUUAAUGAUCAACGACUAUUUGGUGACUGAAGUGGACGAAGAUGAAGCUCUGGAUAUCUCACCUUGGUGGAAAACUCCAGAAAUUUUAUUAUACUCUGAUGCUGAGGAGCUGCGCAAACCUUUUGUCCCUUCUUCGCACUUUCGCAUUGAUGACAGCGUGCUAUAUCGAGAUUAUUUUGCAAAUGGAAUUAGAGAAGGCGUGAAAAAAGAGUAUCAUCUCUUAACAAAAUCUGAAGCCCCUGUCCCUGGGUCGCUCAUUGCGAUGGAUGCAGAAUUUGUUGUUCUGGCAGAUGAGCAAGUGGAAAUUAAUUCAAGAGGCCAAAGAACAUUGAUUUAUCCAAAAAAAACAGCUCUUGCUAGGAUUUCUGUGUUAAGGGGUAAUGAUGGUGAGGGCUUCGGUGUUCCUUUCAUAGAUGAUUACGUUGUGAAUACCAAUCACAUUGAAAAUUAUCUCACACGUUACAGCGGUAUUGAGCCCGGGGACCUUGACCCGCGCACGAGUAAUAAAACCCUCGUUCCGCCUCAAAUUGUAUAUCGGAAAGUUUGGUUGCUACUACAAAUGGGAUGCAUAUUUGUGGGACACGGACUUCAAAAUGACUUCCGCAAUAUCAACAUUCAUGUACCCUCCGAGCAGAUUCGCGACACGGCUCUAUACUUCUUGCAAGGAAAACGAUACCUGGCAUUGAGGUAUCUAGCACAUGUUCUAUUGGGUUCAGAUGUUCAGAGUGGUAAUCACGAUUCGAUCGAAGACGCCUACACAGCACUCCUCCUUUACAAAAAGUACCUCGAAUUAGUCCAAUCGGGUACGUUUGAUGACACCUUAGACCAACUUUACGAAGAUGGCAGAGCUUGUGGCUUCAAAGUCCCUGGCGAUCGAAUCAAUAUGAUGUAA